AUGGCUACAACUCCGCGUAAAUGGCAGUUUUCCAUGCUUCCAAAAGGCGCCAAUGCUUCGGAACGAAUCCCCCGGAACUUGGCUGAGGCCUCCGACGACUGGCGGAAGCCGCGAAGUUCGCCGUCAAGCGACCUAGCGGGCACGCUCGCCAAUGUAUCCCCGGGCCAGAGAGGCGAAGAGAAAUCAAGCACAUCCGCGACGCGCAAGAAGCCGGACCGACGCAGUCUAUCAAGUCCGCCCACACCUGGGAUCAAUAUUCUUGAAAGCCCGGAAUACAGGCCCGGCUUUGACGGCGGAGAAGGCCUGGAAGCCGGCGACGAGGGUCAGAGCGACGACGAGCAGGGCUCAGACUCUGAUGACGACUCUAUCGGAAACCAGUUUGCCCUUGACGGCGACCCUGGCACGGGCAUUGAUGCCGGUGCCGGCAAAGACGUCGGCCAAGACAUGAGAAAGUUGCCGCCGGUCACAGAAACCGAGUUCUACAGCAACCUCGUCUUUCUCUCCAUUCUCCGCCCGAAAGUCGGACCCCACAAGCGUCGGUCCAGGGACCUUGAAUUUGUGGACAUGGCGGGCCCGACACCGAGCCCUCCUCCGGCCCAGAUCGAGCUCCAGCGUGACUUCCUGGAUAGGCUCUGCUACCUCGCCGACUUCAGAAAAGGGGGCGAUACCGUCACCGCGGCGGCCAUAGAGUUCUACAGGCUGCCGCGACGGCCCGGCGUUGGAGGUGGCAGUGCGCAGGAGCAGCAGCGGCUCCAGUCGCAGCCCCAGCAGCUCCAGCAGACCCAGGUGAUAUGGUUUGCCGCAAACGCCGGGGUCAGCAAGGAGGCCUGGGAAGCGCUGCUCGAGGUCCAGCGUCUCAUCAACGAGAACCGGACGGAAGGCUGGGCCGAGGAGUGGCUCGCCAGAGAGAUCUGCGACAAAUUCGCCAGCCUCGCCGCUUGCCGGGAACAGGGGUGCUGUAGCCGCAAAAACAAGCAGAGAACUUCCAGAGGCACCCACCGCAUCAACUACUACGCCAAGUUCAUAAAGAAGCACGGAAACAGAGUCUGCGAAUUGCUCGACAGACGGAAGAUUGCCGACCAGAGCGACUUGGCCCCCAUCAAAAACUGGAUCAAGGACCUGCAAGGAAUCAGGACGCCCGUGGGCCUAGUCAUGGCGUGCUACAACUGCUGGUUCGAGGAGCCGUACAGGAGCUUCCUCAAGCAGGCGACCGACGCCUCCUCGUCCGAGCCCGAGUUCACGGCGGAACUCAAGGAUUUCGCCCACUUCGUCGCCCGUCUGGGUGCGCACCAAUAUGCCGCCCUGAGGGUGGCGGCGGCAAUCAAGCGUCUGCCGUACUUCGGCAGCAACCGCAACUGCUGGGUCAAGUUCGACAGCCUGCCCAAGCCCUAUCACAUCUCUCUCGAGCCCGUCCCCGUCUCGCUCGCCAGCGCCUUCGUGAGCCCGGCCCCCGACGGGGCGGAGACGGACCCGCCGUGCUCGACUCCAUGGAACAUCAUCCACCGGCUGGGCCAAUACUUCCCCGGCGACGGUCCGAAGCUGGCGGCCGGGUACUACCUCGAGGAGUGCCGGCGCGGUCAGCCCGGGUCGGCGACCGUCUUCAGCUUCCACAACGAGGUCCAGCGCUGGCUGUCGAACAAAAAGGGCGUCCUCCUGACGCGCCAACACGCCGAGCUUCAGGUGGCCAACUUCUUCAACGCUGGUCGCGUACCGUUCCAGGACCAUGACCGCUACAUCGGCUGCAGCAAGGGCGCCUGCUGGUUCUGCUUCCAAUACCUGGCGAACCUGCGGCCGACCACCACCCGGCCCGGCGCCGCCGCCGACGACGGCUUCGUCGAGCCCUCGUGCCACAACGAGGUCCUGCCGGGCGUCCGCUUCCCCCAGUCCAAGACGGACAAAUCCCGGUCCAUGAUGGAUGACAUGCGGGCCCUGCUGAACGACAUAGUGCUGCGCACCAUCCGCGACGCGCUCCUGGGCAACGUGCAGGAGUUCGAGAAGCGUUACCAGUCGACUGACACCUGGAUGGAUCGUACAGUCUAUGAACCGUCUUCUUGGAUGCAGGAGGAGGAUAUUAGGAGCGUGGCGCCGUUCUGA